AGAUGUUUACGGAACUUGUUGGAACGGAAGCGGAAGCGCCUGUUUGGCGGGAGCAGAUGAAGAUGGACGCGCGCAGAGUGAAGCUGAAAGUGAGCGCGGGAUUUAAAAUGCGGGGAUUAAUCCUGCGACCGGAGUCCAGCCGCUUGCUGCUGCGGGUUCUGGAGUCCGUCACUGAAGCGGAUCUGGAGGAAGUUCUGGAGCGGAUCCUAGAUGCUGUCGAGAAACAACCGCUGGGGUCCAGUAUGGUGGAGCUGUCGGUGGUGGAGGCGGCGGUCCAGGACUGCAGUCAGGCGUGUGAUGAAACCAUGUGAGAAUCUCAUUAACAUCUGAACGCACUCACAGCGUUUGCUCUUGCACAGCGUUUUUCCCUCGGCAGCACAGAAAGAAAGAAAUUCGUACCCCGCAGCAUGACGAAUCAUCCGGUCCCUAAACUCUGCGGUCAGUCCAGAGAUAAAGCCGAGCUCUUCAGAGAGAGAUACACCAUCUUACAGCAGCGAACACACAGACAUGAACUCUUCACUCCUCCUGUUAUUGGUUCAGCUCCAGACGAAGGGAGGAACAAAUUCCAGCUGAAGACGGUGGAGGCUCUUCUGGGCAGCACAGCUAAAGUCGGAGAAGUGAUUGUUCUCGGCAUGAUCACGCAGCUUAAAGAGGGCAAGUUCUACCUGGAGGACCCCAGCGGCGCAGUGCAGCUCAACAUGUCAAAGGCACAGUUCCACAGCGGUCUUUACACAGAGUCCUGCUUCGUUCUGGCUGAAGGAUGGUACGAGGAUUCAGUGUUUCACGUCAACGCUUUUGGGUUCCCGCCCACAGAACCCUCUUCUUUCACCAGGGCUUAUUAUGGCAAUAUAAACUUCUUUGGCGGGCCGUCCAGCACUACGGUCAAAGCAUCGGCCAAACUGAAGCAGCUGGAGGAGGAGAACGAGGACGCCAUGUUUGUGAUCGUGUCAGACGUGUGGCUGGACCGUGUGGAGGUUCUGGAGAAGAUCCAAACCAUGUUCUCAGGCUACUCUGCCAUGCCGCCCACCUGCUUCAUCUUCUGUGGGAACUUCUCUUCAGCUCCGUACGGCAGACACCAGCUCCGCCUCUUAAUCAACAUUUACACACUUAACGACACUUUGAGCCGCCGCCUGGAUGAUUCGAGGAGGAGGAUUCCUUUCUUCCCGGAUGUUCACGAUCAAGUGGUGAAGUCGUGGUCUGCACCCCAGUCGGCACGCGUCCACUCUUCUACACAGGUCAUGUUCUCCCAUGUGGACGGGGCAAGGCACCAGUCUACGAACUUCGCUGAAAAAAACAGCUAUAGUGACCGGAGAGAUUCUUCACAAGUGUGCAUUCAGGAUGAUGACUCUGGAGCAGAUCCUGGCACAAAUCCGUCCCGGGGACUGAUUUGCAUCCGUAGAUCUGAAAGAUGCACACUUUCAUAUUUUCAUAUCCACAGACGCUUCCUGAGGUUUGCUUUCGAGGGCACAGCAUACUAG